AUGCCAGUCUUUAAGAGUCUCAUGCUCUACCGACUGAGCUAGCCCGGCGCCCUAGAUGCGAUUGUUUAAAGGAAGAACAGAAUCAGUUCCUUUAAGUAGUGGGAAGAAGGACGGUAGCUAUUUCUCGAAAAAGAAUAGGAUGAGUCAGUUUGAGGAGGCAGGUAGUACAUGUUCCCCUCAGUUUGGGAGAAGUGGUUGGGUGCUCCUUAGUUUGAAUGAAAAAAGAGCAGACAAUCUUCCUCUGUUUGGAGUCAGAUAAGAGAAAUGCUCUAAAGUUGGGUGGGUCGCUCUUAGUUUACUGGGAAUUCCAUAGGUUCUCUCCGGCUUUGUAUAAAAGGCUUGUAGUACCCUGUAGUUUGAGGGAAAAGAGCCUUUCCGUUUGAGAGAUAAGAGGAAGUCUUUUUUUCCAGCCUAGAAUGAGCCGAGCCCAGCUCAGAGUUUCUAGGAUGUUGAGGGUAACGUUGUCCACAGCUUUCUGGGAGCGCGUAGUGCGCGUGCGCAGUUCUGCUGGUGCAGCGGGGGUGCGGCUGAAGGGGGUCCCAGGUGGAGGGCCACAGCGCGCAGGGCGGCGCACUGACUCCUGCCGUCUGUAUGGGGGCAAUGCGUAGCCUGCGGCCGCGGCUCCAGGCACGGGUGCUCUCUGCGAAAGAGCCGCGCCCCAGCCGAGCCCAGUCCCCAGGGCCCUCCGCCCCUCCUGCCACGUGCUGUCCCCGGCGGCUGUCCCCGGAGGGCGGUGGCCGCUUACCUCUCUGAAUCUGGGCGAGGGGCAGUUUGGGAAAGCGAACUCCAAGGACUAGGUUUCAGGAUUGGGGAAGGGCUGGGCUGGGGAAUUUCCGCCCCUGGGGCUAGUCUGGAGGGGAUGGAGGGAUGGAUCCAGACUAACGGAGUCCGGGGCAGGGUCUUGGAGUCCCUACCUGGCCCAGGGGUAUCGGAGCGGGGAUUGGGGGGAGAGGGUCCCACGUGCUUGUGACGCGGGGGCGCCGGUAGGUGGCGGCGGAGGCAGCGGAGACGCGGGGCUGGCGGCCGUGCGGUGCCGGAGGACGGCUAGGCAGACUGCAGAAUGCUGCGCGCCGCACUGCUCCUGUUCGUGCUGCCCCUAGCUGGGGUGCGGGCGGCCGAAGAGCCCACCCCAGAGCCUGGGGCGCCGGGCGAAUCUCCCUCCGGCUUGGCGCUCUUCCGGUGGCAGUGGCACGAGGUGGAGGCUCCCUACCUGGUGGCCCUGUGGAUCCUGGUGGCCAGCCUGGCCAAAAUAGUGUUUCACUUGUCUCGGAAAGUAACGUCUCUGGUCCCUGAGAGCUGCCUGCUGAUUUUGCUGGGCCUGGUGCUAGGGGGCAUUGUUUUAGCUGUGGCCAAGAAAGCUGAGUACCAGCUGGAGCCAGGCACCUUUUUCCUCUUCCUGCUGCCGCCUAUCGUGCUGGACUCAGGCUAUUUCAUGCCUAGUCGGCUGUUCUUUGACAAUCUGGGUGCCAUCCUCACCUAUGCUGUGGUGGGAACACUCUGGAAUGCCUUCACAACAGGCGCCGCCCUCUGGGGCCUACGGCAGGCUGGACUUGUGGCCUCUAGGGUACAAGCUGGCCUGCUGGACUUCCUGCUGUUUGGGAGCCUCAUCUCAGCAGUGGACCCUGUGGCUGUGCUGGCUGUCUUUGAGGAGGUGCAUGUCAAUGAAACUCUCUUUAUCAUCGUCUUUGGCGAGUCCCUGCUCAAUGAUGCAGUCACUGUGGUGCUGUAUAAGGUCUGCAACUCCUUUGUGGAGAUGGGUUCUACUAACGUGCGCACCACUGACUACCUGAAGGGAGUCGCCUCCCUGUUUGUGGUCAGUCUGGGCGGGGCAGCUGUGGGCUUAGUCUUUGCCUUCCUCCUGGCUCUGACCACACGCUUCACCAAGCGGGUCCGCAUCAUCGAGCCCCUGCUGGUCUUCCUCCUCGCCUACGCAGCCUACCUCACUGCUGAAAUGGCCUCGCUCUCCGCCAUUCUUGCGGUGACCAUGUGUGGCCUGGGCUGUAAGAAGUAUGUGGAGGCCAACAUCUCCCAUAAGUCACGUACAGCUGUCAAAUAUACAAUGAAGACCCUCGCCAGCUGUGCUGAGACUGUCAUCUUCAUGCUGCUUGGCAUCUCAGCUGUAGAUUCAUCUAAAUGGGCCUGGGACUCCGGGCUGGUGCUAGGCACCCUCAUCUUCAUCCUGUUCUUCCGAGCCCUCGGUGUAGUCCUGCAGACAUGGGUGCUGAAUCAGUUCCGGCUGGUCCCUCUGGACAAGAUUGACCAGGUGGUGAUGUCCUAUGGGGGCCUGCGGGGGGCUGUGGCCUUUGCUCUCGUCAUCCUACUGGACAGGACCAAGGUCCCUGCCAAGGACUACUUUGUGGCCACCACUAUUGUGGUGGUCUUCUUCACAGUCAUUGUGCAGGGCUUGACCAUCAAACCUCUGGUCAAGUGGCUGAAGGUGAAGAGGAGUGAGCAUCACAAACCUACCCUGAACCAGGAGCUGCAUGAGCACACUUUUGACCACAUUCUGGCUGCAGUGGAGGACGUUGUGGGGCACCAUGGCUACCACUACUGGAGGGACAGGUGGGAGCAGUUUGACAAGAAGUACCUGAGUCAGCUGCUAAUGCGACGGUCAGCCUACCGUAUCCGGGACCAGAUUUGGGAUGUGUACUACAGACUCAACAUCCGGGAUGCCAUCAGCUUCGUGGACCAGGGAGGCCACGUCUUGUCCUCCACAGGCCUCACUCUGCCCUCUAUGCCCAGCCGCAAUUCUGUGGCAGAGACAUCUGUAACCAACCUGCUGAGGGAAAGCGGCAGUGGAGCAUGUCUAGAUCUGCAGGUGAUUGACACAGUACGCAGCGGCCGGGACCGAGAGGAUGCCGCGAUGCAUCAUUUGCUCAGUGGAGGCCUCUACAAGCCACGCCGCAGGUACAAAGCCAGCUGCAGCCGCCACUUCAUCUCUGAGGAUGCACAGGAGCGGCAGGACAAGGAGGUGUUUCAGCAGAACAUGAAGCGACGGCUGGAGUCCUUUAAGUCCACCAAACACAACAUUUGUUUCACCAAGAACAAGCCACGACCCCACAAGGCUGGCCGCAAGAAGAAGGAUGGUGUGGCCAAUGCUGAGGCUAUAAAUGGGAAACCUGCUCGAGACCUGGGCUUUCAGGACACAGCUGCUGUGAUACUAACUGUGGAGUCUGAGGAGGAAGAGGAGAGCAACAGUUCAGAGACAGAGAAGGAGGACGACGAGGGGAUCAUCUUUGUGGCUCGGGCCACGAGUGAGGUUCUCCAAAAGGGCAAAGUCUCAGGAAGCCUUGAGCUGUGCCCGAGCCCACGGGUAAUUCCUCCCUCACCAACUUGUGCAGAGAAGGAGCUACCUUGGAAGAGUGGGCAUGGGGACCUGGCAGUGUACGUGUCUUCAGAAACCACCAAGAUUGUGCCUGUGGACAUGCAGAUGGGCUGGAAUCAGAGCAUCUCAUCUCUGGAGAGCCUAGCAUCCCCUCCCUGCACCCAAGACCCCACUCUGACCCACCUGCCUCCCAGACAACUGAAUGUUGAUGAGCCUCAGGCCCUUCUUGACCUGUCUUCUGACCCCCGCCCUAGUUUUGCCUUUCCUCCAAGCCUGGCCAAGGCUGGCCGUUCUCGCAGUGAGAGCAGCGCUGACAUCCCCCAACAGCAGGAGCUGCAGCCCCUCAUGGGCCACAAGGACCACACCCAUCUUAGCCCAGGCACUGCUAACUCCCACUGGUGUAUCCAUUUCAACAGAGGGGGCAGGCUGUAGCCCAGGGCCUUCAGGAGGAGCAGGAGGAAGAGUCUCUGUGGGAACUGUUCCCUGGGCAAUAGGCAAAGUAGCUUACUCAGCCUGACACAGGGCUACAGUGGCCUAGAGUGAAAUAGCAACUAGGCCUCCUUGGGGCUGGUCAGAGGGGUCUCCUAGGCUGGUCCUCACAGGUACCCUUCUUAUAACUUCCCUGCUUCUAACUAACCCUUUUCACCUUCUAUUUCAGUAAUGGCUGGGGACCCAGUCCAGAGUUCUUGGGCUAGGCCAAGAUUUGGAUAGCUGAUGCCCCUUCCCCAGGGGCCUUCCUGGGGUCACCACAGACAGUUGUUCUUGCCCCCCAAGGAAGAAUAUCAUUCCCCAGUGGAUGCUGGCCUUCCCUGCCCUCUACCCCUUCUUCAGCACCAGGUCAGGGAUGAUGCCCUGGCAGAGAAGCUCAGUGAGGGGCUGGUCCUUAGAGGAAUGCAAUGGGAGAUGGAGCAGGCCUCAACCUGUUGGGUCAGCUACCCAGAGUCAAGUAUUUUUAGGAUAGUGGGAAUCUGUGUCUCCAUUUCUUGUUUUAGCCCCUUUUUUCUGCUGCCAGGUAUUGGGGCAAUGGUUCUUCCUUUUCUAGGACCAGGGCCAGGGGUCUGGGCCAGACUUCAGUUCAGGGAUGCUUCUUAGGAUUCUGGGGAUCUGCUGCUUUGGGUCCAAGUCCAGAACUUUCUGACCCUUGGAUCUGGGUUUACUAAGAUGUGAUGCAGUAGUCUCUGGGUUCCCAUGCCACCACCUCAACAUCGGCCCAUUGCUCUGGGGGCUGGGACACCUGGCUGCAGUGUGUAUGUGGGUGAAUGGCAGGUGGCUUUCCUGGGGUUAGCCGCUGUGUUGUGUACUUUUUGUACUUUGAACCUAAGAUGAUACAUUAAACAUCUCUCAGAUGGA